CUGAACGAGGCAUUUGGCUCGGGUAGAAUCGCUACAGGUGGAUGUCUAGAUAUCCUGUGUACAGCAGCAACAUUUUAAGGAUGAUUUCGCGACGAGUGAGCCUCUCUGGAGUAGCGUGGAUGUUGGUGUUGGACCAUCCGCACGUGUUCAAUCACUGAUACGCUGUGGCGUUGGAGGUCUUAAAUCUUGAGGCAACAUGAAAACCCGACCCACUGGCAAUGUCUCCAAUGCCGACUGGAUGGGCUCGCUUGCCCCUAAACUCACUUCGAUGCCUCUGAAGCAUUUGGCUGUGCCAGGAUCUCACGACUCGUUCAGUUUCUGGGUGGAUGAGAAGGCUCCCGUUGGACCUGACCAGAAGGCUGUGGUCAAACACCUUGCGGCCGUGUUCCGUUUGCUGGCAAAAAAGGUUAUGAAGAAGUGGUCCAUGACCCAAAACCUCACCUUCAAGGAACAACUGGAGGGCGGAAUCCGCUACUUCGACCUCCGCGUGUCCUCCAAGCCAGGUGAACCGGGCCAUGAGAUCUACUUUAUUCACGGGCUGUUUGGGCACAAGGUGCGCGAUGGCCUCAAUGACAUCAACAACUUCCUGAACGCUCACCGUAAGGAAGUAGUGUUUCUGGACUUCAACCAUCACUACGCCAUGGAAGAGGAGCAUCAUCGCUACCUCAUACGCAUGCUACAGGAGGUGUUUGGCUCGAAACUGUGCAAGAUCUGUGUGGUAGAGGAGAUCUCACUCAAUUACCUGUGGGAGCAAAAGUAUCAGGUUCUGGUGUUCUAUCACCACCAGUCUGCCGAGGGUUGCCCUCUGAUGUGGCCGGGGAACAACAUCCCAGCGCCCUGGGCCAACACCACGGACACCGGCAAGCUCAUCAAGUUCCUGGAGACCACGCUGGACGAGCGAGCCAAGCGCGGCACCUUCCACGUCUCCCAGGCCAUUCUCACGCCACAGGUCAAGACCAUCGUCAAAGGCCUCGUCCGAGGACUGCGGAAUCACCUGGUGGAAAGAAAUCUGCCAACUAUUAUGACCUGGGUGGAAUCUCAAAAGCCAGGUGUGGACGGAGUGAACAUCAUUACGUCGGACUUUGUGGAGCUGACUGACUUUGCAAGCACUGUGAUCAAGCUUAAUGACCUGCUCCUUGACGACCGAGCCAUCAAGUGACCUCUGUAGGUGACCAAUUGUCACCUGCCGACUGUCACAUGACCCCCCCACACACACACACAAGCCAAGGGUCACCUCCUGUCACCGAGCCAAGACGGGGCUGCAGGACACUGUGAUUGGCCAAACCCCCAAGAGCGCAGAGAUCUGGCGGUCACCAGAGAGCCAGGUCGUCCAUCUGAAACGGGCAAUGGCAUGAGACUGGACACACCAGCAUGAGACUGGACACACCAGCUUUGCCUGAGCCUUUGCUACGACACUGGAGACAGUUGAGGGCAGGAGCUUAACCCUCCAUGGACUGAUCGUUAGUCGUGGAGCCGAGGAGUCUAUGUGUUCAGGCUGUUGCUGUUGCUGUGUCUCUUGCUCGGUUGCCUAAAGGUUAUGGCUGUGUAGGAUUCAAUUUUUUCAGGCUCUGAGUUCAUAUUCUGGACUGCUGUUGUAGCAGGUUGGUAGUGAAUUUUAUGGCAGACUCCGAUAACACAAUUGCAAGAAAGGCAAAAUCUCUCUCACUCACUCACUUUCACACAUACACAUAUAUACACACACACACACACACACACACACUCAAGCAGAGAUCAGAGAGCACUACAAAGUUAGUUACAGUAUUUUUUAAUGGUUAUUUAUUAUGUUUUUUUAAACAUGUGUUUUAAUAUCUGAUAUUAAAAUCACAUUCUUAUUCAA